AAUCGGUAAAAAGGAGGGGCAAGGGUCAAACCCAAUCUUCUCCCUCCAUUCUUCUUCCUCCCCUUUCUCUCUCUCUCUUACCUACUUUCUCUCUCUAUCUUGUGUAUCGGGAUCUCAGCUAAGGAGGCUCCGAUCCUCUCCUCCGCCGCAUCCUCCAGAUCAGAACGCCGCCGCCGCCGUAAUCAUCAAGAUGAUCACGAUUCCCUACGUCACCGCGCUGACCACAUACUUCAGCUACGGCCUCCUCUUCGCAUUCGGCCAGCUGCGCGAUUUUUUCCGCAAGAUUUUCGAUUGGUGGUCCAAAAGCACCCUUCAGGGCUACGCGCCGAUCUGUCUUGGUCUGGAGGAUUUCUAUAUUCGGAGAUUGUACCUGCGAAUUCAGGAUUGCUUUAAUAGACCGAUAUCAAGCUCUCCCGAUGCGUGGUUUGAUGUUGUCGAGCGUGUGUCCAAUGACAAUAAUAAAACAUUAUUGCGAACCACAAAAGUAAAUAGAUGCCUCAACUUGGGAUCGUAUAACUAUCUGGGAUUUGCGGCAGCAGAUGAAUACUGUACGCCUCGUGUGAUUGAGUCCUUGAAGAAAUUUUCACCGAGCACCUGUAGUACUCGGGUUGAUGGAGGCACAACCACAUUGCAUGCCGAAUUGGAGGAGUGUGUUGCAAGUUUUCUAGGAAAACAGGCUGCCGUUGUUUUUGGGAUGGGUUAUGUAACAAAUUCAGCCAUUCUUCCUGUAUUAAUGGGGAAGGGAAGUUUGAUAAUCAGUGAUUCUCUGAACCACAACUCUAUAGUUAACGGUGCUCGAGGAUCUGGGGCCACUGUUCGGGUUUUUCAGCAUAACACACCAUCUCAUUUGGAGAAAGUUCUGAGGGAACAAAUUGCUGAGGGGCAGCCUAGAACGCACAGGCCUUGGAAAAAGAUAAUGGUCGUGGUGGAGGGAAUCUACAGCAUGGAAGGGGAACUUUGCCAGCUCCCUGAAAUUGUUUCCAUAUGCAAGAAACACAAGGCAUACGUGUAUCUAGAUGAGGCUCACAGCAUCGGGGCUGUUGGAAAAAGUGGAAGGGGUGUCUGUGAGCUCUUAGGCGUUGAUACCUCAGAUGUUGAUAUUAUGAUGGGAACUUUCACUAAAUCAUUUGGAUCAUGUGGUGGAUAUAUUGCAGGAUCUCAGGAACUUAUUCAAUUCUUGAAGUACACUUGCCCUGCUCAUCUUUAUGCGACAUCAAUAUCACCACCUGCAGCUCAGCAAAUUAUUUCUUCCAUUAAAGUUCUUCUUGGAGAAGAUGGUUCUAGCAGAGGGGCUCAGAAACUAGCCAAGAUUCGCGAGAAUAGCAACUUUUUCAGGUCCGAACUGCAGAAAAUGGGUUUUGAGGUUCUGGGUGAUAAUGAUUCUCCUGUCAUGCCCAUAAUGCUCUAUAAUCCAGCAAAAAUUCCCGCCUUUUCACGAGAAUGCCUCAAACGAAAUGUGGCUGUUGUGACUGUUGCUUUUCCUGCCACUCCUUUACUGUUAGCACGCGCCCGCAUUUGCAUCUCCGCCGCUCAUUCAAGGGAAGACCUUGUCAAAGCUUUGGAGGUUAUCAGCACAGUAGGAGAUCUCGUAGGUAUAAAAUACUUCCCUGCCGAGCCAAAGAAACAGCAGCUGGAGGGAGACAGAGUUAAGCUGGAAUAGCAAGAAAAUCUCGUUUCCUUUUUAUAGCAAGAGUCGAUAAAAUUUGCAAAAGUAGGUUUUUAGAAAUUGUUUCCAUCAGUACAAUAGUAUAUCAUUUUUGUAGCCCCCCCAUUGGCUGCAGCACAUUUUUUACCUGUGAAAUUUUGUUAUGUUGUUUGUACAUAUAGUUUGUAAUUUUGUGCUUUGUUACAAGUAAUGAAGUUCUAAAUUAUAUAUGUUUCUUCUUGUCUGUAAUUUCACUCUCAGGAAUAUAAGUUUUCGUUUUCGAUACAAGUGUUACUGCCGUGGAU